AUUCCUCAAAUAGCCCCUCUUAAUUGAGCCAUAAUAACAAUCAUAUUUUCUCUCUCCCUUUUAGUUUCAAUAAUUAUCCUUUACUCAAAUUUCAACUCAACUCCUCCAACAAAAAUAAAAAUAAAAACCUCCCAAAAAUUAAUUUGAAAAUGAUAA